GCUCCCUGUUCGGGGCGCCAUAAUAAGUGCGAGAAAUCGCCAGAGGUAUACAUCACGUGGAAGUCGUUAAGCCCCAAAGCGCACCUUCGACCUUCGAACGUUAAUUUCGUGCCCUCACAAUUUGGAAGUGUAAAGCGGCUGCGGCUAGAAAUUAAACGGUUCAUCUUUCAAAGUCAAGGUCCCUAUAGUGUUGAGAACGUGGCUUGGAUCACGUGGAAAGUUGCGCGGGAAAGAGGAUUUAAGCUUCGAAUGGAGUUGCAGACCAGAACAAGAUUCAGUUCCACGCUAUUGAAGCCCAGCAAGAUGAGAUUCGUGGCGUUGCUUUCCCUUCUGCUAGUCUAUGGGUCAGGUCAGUGUCUCUGUCAGUUUAAUGACGCUCCGGGAUGCUCGACUGGCCAUAUUCGCUCUUGCGGGAUGGACUUCAUACCGUACUACAACACCACACACUUAGCAGAAGACAUUGAAGGAUACGCCAAGCAGUGCAAUUUGUACAUAAGCCAAGUCGUCUGCGCCGAAAACUUCACCCUUCGUUGUCUACAAGGAUUUUCCCGUGCGGUGGCGCUGCUGGGACUUCGCGCAGCGCUGGCAGACUACGAGGAAAGUUGCAAUCACACUUCUGCGAACUAUAAAGUGUAUAUAAACAACAUAGCGUGUAUAAACAAGGCGGGACCCAGGUUGCACCGCUGCAUUAACGACGCAUUCGCCUCAUUUGAAACAGCAGUGGAGAAAGCCCCUUCGAAGCAGAAGAUCAACUACGCGUGUUGCUACUACUAUGACCUCCUAGACUGCUCAGCCGAAGCAUUGAAGUCGGAAUGUGGCAGACAAGAUGUCAUCAAGUUCUUUACGCAAAUCAUGGACCACGUCUUCGGCGACCUCCUCCAACUGGCAUGCGGGCCAUACAGACACGGCUCGCAGGCGUGCAAGACCAUACGGCCUUUGCAAAAGAUCGACAGCAGUGCCUUGGGAGCAAUCAACAUUGUCGAACCUUUGGCAGAUAUCGUCCGCUCGCUGGGAUGAUGGUUGGAAUGACGAUGAGUACCCAUGUAGCCCGAAAGCCAUAUAUCCCGAGCCUAUGAAAGAACUGCUAAUGGCAGUUUAUGCUCAUGCAACCAAUAUGCAUCGUGAUGUUUUUGGUGCCUUGCCUAUCUGUGAUUUCGCCUUCUUUUCUAUAAGAAGCAAUGCUACUGCUGCGACAUUAGUCAUAAAUGAAUGACAGCCUUGUUGUCUCGAAAGCAAACACGCAAGGUUUAUUGUUUUGGUGGGACACUUCAGACCAGCUGUCGAAUCACGUGUUGAUGUGACGUGAAUGUGAUACUUGAUGUGAUAUGAAAUAUAGUACGAGAAUCAAGAGGAGAUUGUAUACGUAUGAACGUGAAAAGCGUAAGAAAUAAAAGCUUAUCUAUAUAA